GAGCGGGGCCUCUUGGUCUCGCGGGAUUGCGCGUCUGCUAGUCGCUUCCUCUUUUUGGGGGUGGUGAUCCCCCUCACGGAGUGUCCUGGUGGCGGUGAACGGUCUCGCAUUAUGGUCUUCAUCCCUCCAUCAACCUUAAUCACAUACUGCAUGUGACCAGCAGGAAGAGGGGUCUUGAGAGUAGGAGGCGAGAUCAAAGAAGACAUAAUCGUCUAUUUGACAUCAAAACUGGCCAGUAAGUGCACAAGAAAUGAGCUGGGUUACCUGGAACCUAACCUUGGGAAGAUGAUCUGUCAAUGGAGGUCGACAGAGGUCUGAGAGAGCAGACAAAGCUGAGUUCUCUGUCUGCAAAGUGGAGUAGCAGCCAGAUAUUUGGCAUUAGGGGACCUGUCCCUCCCAACUAGGCACAUGGGACAUGACCUUUGGCCAUGACUCCUGAGGGGUGUCCUCUGCGACAUCUCUUCUGAAGUACAGCAUGGCUUUGUGACAUCUCAGGCAUCUGGGCUUCCUCAGAGUGUGAGGGCCUCAGAAAAUACCUCAGAAAUGAACGGAAGAGAUGAUACCAGGCAGCAGCCUGGUGAGGCAGGCAAGUGUGCUGAUUUUUUGCUGCCCCAGGCCUCUCUCCAGGUGGCCUUGGGAACACAUCAUCACCCUGAAGAAGGCUCUGGUGAUCCCUCUUCCUUUCUCUCCUCGCUGGGUUCCUGAAUUCGACAUCAGUCCUUCAGACAGCAGCAACAUCCUGGAUGGAUCCAGCUCUGUUUUCUUGCUCUCCAUCUUUAGAUGUGGACAUUUGGAAAUAUUAUGUUCAUUUUCUUUUUUAAGUAGAGCACUGUUAAUCAAGAUGGGAAGAAGCAGUGUUUCUGCUUUUUUUCCAAGUGAGAAUUAGACAAAAACUCAGAAAUCCCAAUUUACUUCAGAAAGACUUGAAAAUUAUACAUAAUAGACAGUACAACAGUAAAGAAAAUUCUGAAAAAAAUAUAAGUAUAAGCAACUCAAAUCAUUCCACCCUACGAUGCCAUUUUCUUUUCUGAGUAUUACCUUUCAACCCUUGUAUACAUGGAGACAUAGCUGUCUGCAAAGUUAAUGAUCAUAGUAUACAAAUCCUUUUGUAUUCUUUUUAUUUAAUACCAUGGCAGUUUUUCGUAUCACUACCCAGUCUUCAGGAUUAUUUUUAACAGCUGAAGAAUAAUUUAUUUUCAGCAUGUACUAUCAUUUAUUAAGCCACUUUCUUUUGUAUUUUGUUUUUUAAAAAAAUUCUUAUUGUAUUCUUUGCUGUUAGAGACAAUGAUGGAAUGAGCAUUUGUAUAUAAUUUUUUCUUCUCCUGUUGAAUAACUUGUCUAGGAUAAAUUCCCAGGAGUGAGACUGCUGGAUUAUAUGAAAACUUCCAGGUGGCUUCUUACUACUUUCAGUGCUGUGAAUGCAAGGAGUACACGUGGAACACACAAACUCCCGAAAAAUGCAGUCCUCUGCCAGGCACGGUGGCUCACACCUGUAAUCCCAGCGCUUUGGGAGGCUGAGAGCUCAUCUCCUGUCCUGGGUGUAAACGAGUGUAUCUUACCAGGGAUGUAACUGAACAUUUUUUUCUGCAUUGUGUUCCUACUGAGCAACCCAAGAUGGCCAGGAACUGCUCCGAGUGCAAGGAGAAGAGGGCAGCACAUAUCCUCUGCACCUACUGCAAUCGCUGGCUGUGCAGCUCUUGCACAGAGGAACACCGACACAGCCCUGUCCCUGGGGACCCGUUCUUUCCUCGGGCCCAGAAGGGAUCUCCAGGAGUGAAUGGUGGUUCCGGAGACUUCACCUUGUAUUGUCCUCUACACACACAGGAAGUACUCAAGCUAUUCUGUGAGACAUGUGAUAUGCUCACUUGCCAUAGCUGCCUAAUGGUGGAACACAAAGAACACAGGUGCAGACAUGUUGAAGAAGUUUUGCAAAACCAGAGGAUGCUUCUGGAAAGUGUGACUACACAGGUGGCACAUAAGAAAUCCAGUCUACAGACAUCUGCAAAGCAAAUUGAGGACAGGAUUUUUGAAGUGAAGCAUCAGCAUAGGAAGGUGGAAAACCAGAUCAAAAUGGCCAAGAUGGUUCUGAUGAAUGAGCUGAACAAACAGGCCAAUGGGCUAAUAGAGGAAUUAGAGGGGAUUACUAAUGAGAGAAAGCGGAAGCUGGAACAGCAGUUACAGAGCAUCAUGGUUCUCAACCGUCAGUUUGAGCAUGUGCAGAAUUUCAUCAACUGGGCUGUCUGCAGCAAAACCAGUGUCCCUUUUCUUUUCAGCAAAGAGCUGAUUGUGUUUCAGAUGCAGCGAUUGCUGGAGACAAGUUGUAACACAGAUCCUGGCUCCCCUUGGAGUAUCAGAUUCACCUGGGAGCCUAACUUCUGGACCAAGCAGCUGGCUUCUCUUGGCUGCAUAACUACUGAAGGUGGACAAAUGUCCAGGGCAGAUGCUCCUGGUUAUGGAGGCUUACAGGGGUCAUCACCCUUUUAUCAAAGCCACCAGUCUCCAGUGGCUCAGCAAGAGGCUCUUAGCCACCCCUCACACAAGUUCCAGUCUCCAGCAGUGUGCUCCUCAUCUGUGUGCUGCUCCCACUGCUCCCCAGUCUCGCCUUCCCUCAAAGGCCAGGUCCCCCCACCUAGCAUACACCCAGCCCACAGUUUUAGGCAGCCCUCUGAGAUGGUGCCCCAGCAGCUGGGGUCUCUGCAGUGCUCUGCCCUGCUGCCCAGGGAGAAAGAGCUGGCCUGCAGCCCUCAUCCACCAAAGCUGCUGCAGCCCUGGCUGGAAACCCAGCCCCCUGUGGAGCGGGAGAGCACAUCCCAGCGGCUGGGGCAGCAGCUGACUUCCCAGCCCGUGUGCAUUGUCCCCCCACAGGAUGUUCAGCAAGGAGCCCAUGCCCAGCCCACCUUACAGACACCCUCUAUCCACGUCCAGUUUGGCCACCACCAGAAGCUGAAGCUCAGUCACUUUCAGCAGCAGCCACAGCAGCAGCUACCACCUCCACCACCACCCCUCCCCCACCCCCCACCUCCUCUCCCCCCUCCCCCACAGCAGUCACACCCACCUCUACCUCCAUCCCAGCAUCUAGCUUCUAGUCAGUACGAGAGCCCUCCUGGCCCUUCCUGUUCUCAGAACAUGGACAUAAUGCAUCACAAGUUUGAGCUGGAGGAAAUGCAGAAGGACUUGGAGCUUCUUCUCCAGGCUCAACAGCCCAGCCUGCAACUGAGUCAGACCAAAUCUCCUCAGCAUCUUCAGCAAACCAUUGUGGGGCAGAUCAACUACAUUGUGAGGCAGCCAGCACCUGUCCAGUCCCAGAGCCAGGAGGAGACCCUGCAGGCUACAGAUGAGCCCCCAGCAUCUGAGGGCUCAAAGCCAGCUCUCCCUCUUGACAAGAAUACUGCUGCUGCCUUGCCCCAGGCGUCUGGGGAAGAAACCCCUCGCAGUGUCCCCCCAGUGGACAGCACCAUCCAGCACUCCUCUCCAAAUGUGGUGAGAAAGCACUCCACCUCGGUGAGCAUCAUGGGCUUUUCCAACACUCUGGAGAUGGAGUUGUCAUCUACCAGGUUGGAGAGGCCCCUAGAACCACAGAUCCAGAGUGUGAGCAACCUGACAGCUGGUGCCCCCCAGGCAGUACCAAGCCUGCUGAGUGCUCCCCCCAAAAUGGUGUCUAGCCUGACAAGUGUUCAAAACCAGGCCAUGCCCAGCCUGACAACCAGUCACCUACAGACUGUGCCCAGCCUUGUGCAUAACACAUUCCAGUCCAUGCCCAACCUGAUAAGUGACUCCCCUCAGGCUAUGGCAAGCCUGGCAAGUGAUCACCCUCAGGCUGGGUCCAGCCUAAUGUCUGGUCACACCCAGGCUGUGCCGAGUCUUGCAACUUGUCCUCUGCAGAGCAUCCCUCCAGUUUCUGACAUACAGCCAGAAACCGGGUCCAGCUCCAGUUCUGGCCGAACUUCAGGGAGCCUGUGCCCCGGAGAUGGGGCUGAUCCCUCCCUGGGGAAUGCUCUGUGUAAGAUGGAAAGUGAGGAUUCCACUCACUUCACUGACUCACUGGGACAAGGUCUCAUAGUCUCUGGUCUGGAUGCUCCCAAGGACUUGGCCAUCCCCUCAGAGCUGGAGGAGCCAAUUAACCUCUCUGUGAAGAAACCUCCACUGGCGCCAGUGGUCAGCACAUCUACAGCUCUGCAGCAGUACCGGAACCCCAAAGAGUGUGAGAAUUUUGAACAAGGAGCCCUAGAGCUGGAUGCAAAAGAGAACGAGAGCAUCAGAGCCUUCAAUAGCGAGCAUAAGAUUCCCUAUGUGCGACUGGAGCGACUCAAGAUCUGUGCUGCCUCCUCAGGAGAGAUGCCUGUGUUCAAACUGAAGCCACAGAAGAAUGAUCAGGGUGGGAGCUUCCUGCUGAUCAUCGAGUGUGGCACUGAGUCCUCCAGCAUGUCCAUUAAGGUCAGCCAGGACAGACUGUCUGAGGCCACCCAGGCCCCAGGUCUGGAGGGAAGAAAGGUCACUGUCACUUCUCUGGCUGGGCAGCGGCCACCAGAAGUGGAGGGCACAUCUCCUGAAGAACACAGACUCAUUCCUCGAACCCCAGGAGCCAAGAAGGGCCCCCCAGCCCCAAUAGAGAAUGAGGACUUCUGUGCUGUUUGCCUCAAUGGUGGAGAGUUACUGUGCUGUGACCGCUGCCCCAAAGUGUUCCACCUCUCCUGCCAUGUGCCAGCCUUGCUCAGCUUCCCAGGGGGAGAGUGGGUGUGUACCUUGUGCCGCAGCCUGACCCAGCCCGAGAUGGAGUACGACUGUGAGAAUGCCCGCUAUAACCAGCCUGGAAUGCGGGCAUCUCCUGGCCUAAGCAUGUAUGACCAGAAGAAGUGUGAGAAGCUGGUAUUGUCCUUGUGCUGCAAUAACCUCAGCCUGCCCUUCCAUGAACCUGUCAGCCCCCUGGCCCGGCAUUAUUACCAGAUUAUCAAGAGGCCCAUGGACCUGUCAAUCAUCCGGAGGAAGCUGCAAAAGAAGGACCCGGCUCACUAUACCACCCCAGAGGAGGUGGUAUCAGAUGUGCGCCUCAUGUUCUGGAACUGUGCUAAGUUCAAUUACCCUGACUCCGAGGUUGCAGAGGCCGGCCGCUGCCUGGAAGUGUUCUUUGAGGGCUGGUUGAAGGAGAUCUACCCAGAGAAACGGUUUGCCCAGCCAAGGCAGGAGGACUCAGACUCCGAGGAGGUGUCUAGUGAGAGUGGAUGUUCCACUCCCCAGGGCUUCCCGUGGCCUUCCUACAUGCAGGAGGGCAUCCAACCCAAGAGGCGGCGACGACAUAUGGAGAAUGAAAGAGCAAAAAGAGUGUCAUUUCGCCUGGCCAACAGCAUCUCUCAGGUGUGAGAGCCAAAAGGAGACUGGGCACUCUGGCAGCUGUUGUCCCAUAUUGUCGACCAUUCCUUCUCAUCAUGCAGCUUAUCCUCUUCAGAGUGUGGAUGGUAGAUGAGUCUUGUUGAACUGUGUAGUGCUCUUCUUUGCCAUUUGCAUCUACAGCAUUUAUUUGGGAGCCGUAGUACAUCCACUACAGAGAAGAUUUCAGUAAUAAACAGGAAAGAGGAAGGUAUUUAUUAUUACCAGAGUAAUCAAUUGUAUAGGCUCCACUUGACAAGACCACACCUGGUUAGGCUUGGGAGGACCUACUUUCCUUGGUGAAUUUUUUUCUGCCUGGGAAAGCAGACCUGUCUAACCUUUUAGUGUCCAGGGCUCAGGAGCCAUGUAUACAUCUGAACUCCUCCUGGGCUCAGAAGUGGGUAAAAGAAGGGAGAGAGGUUUAGACAUAUGGCAGGACUGUGAUCCCUGGCCCAGCACAGCCAAAGACUGUCACUGUUUGCCUUUGCUUGUCCUGUCUGGAUAGAGGCAUCUGCCAUGUGCAGACUAGUGGAGGUUUCUAGAGGCCAUAGGUCUCAAUUUGUGCCUAUUUGGGUUCUAACGGUUUUCAGGGUAUUUGUUUUGCAUAGUCACUUUCCUGAUGUUGACAUAGGUGGCUGCUGUGAAAAUGCUGUGGAUGGUGUGACAUUCUUGGUUGAGCUGGGUGGCUGUGCAGAGACCACUUACAUCUUCUGGUCCAGAUUUCACUUACAGACUUAGAAAGAUGUCCACUUCAGAGCCCGCCCUCUGUGCUACUUACUCUGGGCUAAUCACACUUCUUUAGGGUGAGAACCUGCCUUCCUAGAAGUGACUGUUGGUGCUUGUCAGUGGCCAUACCCUUCAUCAUCCUCAUUUAGAGGUCUGGAUCUUGAGUUCUGCUUGUGAAUACUGUGAGACAGCUGCUGUCUGCUUCAGGUCCAGAGUUCCAUUGGGUGGAGAGAGUAACCCACAACCAGCUCACUCCUCUGGGCCUCUCUUCCUGCUUAAAGAUUCUAGUUCUCAACCUCUCCAAGUUCAUGAGCCAAAGAUCAGAAGUGAGUCUUCUGACUAGCCUGCCUCCAGGCUGUCUACAGCCCCAAAAAAGCUAACACUUUUCUGGCAGCCCUUUUUGUUGGAGGUUAGAGAAGGCCUCAGGGACCAACAGGGGCCAGAUCUAGACAUUCCUGGGGGAAGUUUGUCUAAGGUGGACAGGGGGAAAAAUCAAGAGGCAAAAAGCCAGUGUCCUUUGGUGACCGUGAAGCAACCUCAGAGCCUUAGUUCUCCUAGAAUGCAGAGAGAAGCAUUCUGGAAGCCAUGGGAACAGGAGCUUGAGGCUGCAUCCUGAAUGGAUCUGCAUGGCCCUCGCAGGGUGUUUGUGAAGAUACUGGAGGUCAGGCUACCUCCCAAGCAAGGGCUUGGUUGAGAAGGAACCCAUUGCUUAUAUUGUUGGGGGAGCUAUGAACCUGACAUGUCAGUGGCCAGGACUGAGACAGCUCUGCCUGGUCCUGUCAUUGCGUAGCUAAUUUCAGGGGAGUCUGAGGUCAUGGCUUUGUUUUUGCUAAGAGAUGAAGUUCAAGGAUGUUCUUGUUUGUAGGGCCUUUGCUAAUAAGCAGGUUUUUUUUUUUUUAAUUAGAAAACAUUUCUUCUCUCUUUGUGAGUUGAUGGUAUUGCUCAUUUCCUUCUCUACCCAACCUGAGAGAUCAUCUUCACUUUAAAGCAAACCAUGCCCCUUGGGUUGCCAUUCUUUCAGCAGCACAUGCCACGUUCUCCUAAGCAGAUGGGCUUCCGUGAUCCCGUUUUCUAGUUUGGGGUAACUGAGUCUUCAAUGCUUUACUAGUCCGACAGUCUUUGGACUUAGGCUUCUGCCCUUUGAGACUCACAUGACUUUUUGGUUUGGGAUCUGGUCAUUUCCCUUUCAAUUUUUGAAUCUUCUUCUCUGUUCAGUUGGCUUGGCAAAGUACCCUCUGUUCUCAUGUCACUAAUUCUUGCUCUAGGUCAUCUUUCCUUUGUGCGGCCCACAUUCCCACCAUCCCUGUGAGCUUUGUUGUACUUGGUGUUGGGCAGCUGGUGAGUGUUGUGACAGGCUCGGACCUGAUCCUUCCUCAGGAGCAACUGGAGACCACAAAUUUAAAGCAGAAAUGCCUGUUAAAAGCUUGGCUUUCCUUAUAUCAGUGAGGCUACCAGCUUGGGUGUGGCCUCCUGGGCUCAAGGAUCAGCUUACUGGGCCAGGGGGGUCUUAGUAAUGUGCUGGAGAGACACAUGCUCCCUUCUCAUCACAGAGAGCCUGCAUGUUUAGACACCUGCCUCUUGCUAGCUUUUCCUUUAGACCUAGCCACCAGUGGUUUGAGUCAUGGUUUUGUUUUGUUUUUGCAUGCAAAAACCAGAACAUGACUUAGAAAUUAAAAAAAAAAAAUCCUGCUAGCCAAGUGACUGCCUGCAGAGGCUCUUCAUUAACAUUUGGGCUGAUCCUGCUUUUGACUUACUCCCAUAAUGGCCCAGUUUUGAAGUCAGCCAAGUCCUUUUGUUCUUGACAACAUCAUGCAGUGGAAAUACGGUGAGUUCUAGAUUCUUAUGGGAUAGCAUGCAGUCCUAGAGGAAAAAUUGACUUCUUGGGUGCGCUGAGAAAUAAGACAGUAAAUGGCUUCAGUUGAUGCAGAGGGGAUUUUAGUUAAAAAUUGGUUCAGGAUUUUUAAAUUUUAUUUUAUUUUUUGGCUGGGCGCGGUGGCUCACGCCUGUAAUCCCAGCACUUUGGGAGGCUGAGGUGGGUGGAUCACCUAAGGACAGGAGUUCGAGACCAGCCUGGCCAACAUAGUGAAACCCCGUCUCUACUAAAAAUACAAAUAUCAGCCAAGUGUGAUGGCACAUGCCUGUAAUCCCAGCUACAUGGGAGGCUGAGGCAGGAGACUUGCUUGAAUCCGGGAGGUGGAGGCUGCGGUGAGCUGAGAUCAUGCCAUUGCAUUCCAGCCUGGGCAACAGAAUGAGACUCCAUCUCAAAAAAAAAAAAAAAUUGGUUCAGGAUGAACUUGCAGAGCACUCUUCCAUGGAACAUGGUUACGUUAGCCCUGCCUGACUUCUAGCAAUUGCUAACUAUACACCUUGCCUGUCUCUAGUACCUCUACCUGAGUGGCAACCAGACCCUCCAUAGGCUCUGUUCCGUGGCAGUCCCUGCCAUCCCCCCCCGGCAGACUCUGGCUCCCUCCCCGUACCCAUUUCUAGCAACAGCUCCUUGCCUGGCUGCUAAGACGGAGGCGCCUCCUUGUUUGUUCCUGGGCUCUGUUCUGCUCCCUCUCUCACUCCAUGGAGUCACUUAUAGUCUUCUUUUCUGAACUCCUGAACUGAGCCUUUGCUCCUUCUGGAUCGUCAUCUCCUAGGCUUCUUCUCCCUCCCUCAGUACUGCCAAAAUUGCCCUGCUCCUUUAGUCCAUUUCCAUGACCUCAGCCCUCUCCUCUCCUUGUCUUUUAGCUUUCUCCUGGACUUCUUCCUCUCCCCAGCAUGAACCCAGAGCCUAUCACACACUGAUGUUUUUAUCAGCAUCCUGAACUUUCUCAUGCCCUUCAACUUUUUUUUUUUUUUUUUUUUUUUUUUGAGAGAGAGUCUGGCUCUGUCACCCAGGCUGGAGUGCAGUGGCAUGAUGUCGGCUCAUUGCAACCUCUGCCUUCUGGGCUCAGGUGAUCCUCCCAUCUCAGCCUCCUGAGUAGCUGGGACUACAGGUGCAUGCCAUCAUGCCUGGCUAAUUUUUCUACUUUAGGUAGAGAUGGAGUUUCACCAUGUUGCUCAAGCUGGUAUCAACACUCCUGGGCUCAAACGAUCUGCCUCUCUUGGCCUCCCAAAGUGCUGGGAUUACAGGCGUGAGCCACUGCGCCAGGCGUAUCCCCUUCAAUUUUGCUGAAACUAUCAGCCAUUCUCCAUUUUCGGCAGCAUCAUAUUUGCUGCUUCCACCUCCUGGGCUGCUAAGCAUGACAAAUUCACAGUUGGCAGCCUCAGUUGAGCUCUCAGUAUUGACUGGAAAUUCUUUAACUUGUUGUGACCCCUUUUUUUUCCCCCACCCAUGCCUCUAUCUUUGCCCUCCACAGAUGACUGAGCUCACUGUCUACUUCACAGAAGACAGCCCCUAAAGCAAGAGCUUCCUUGCCCGCUGCUCCUCUCUCCCCUCUCAUUCAUCUGUGUCUGUAACUCUCCCCAACACCUCCAUUCUUGCUCCUAUUUAGUUCUCUAUGUCUUGAAUCCUGUUGUAUGUCCUCCAAGACUGCUCCCUCGCUUAGUCCGCUACUCCCACUCCCUGGAGUCUCCAGCCUCUGUCUCCACUGGUUACCUCCAUACAGCCUGCAAACAAGUUCUCCCCAAGAUUAAAACAGCAUUUCUCAGAGUCUGUUAUCCCUUACACAUUUUCCUUGUUAACCAAGUUACUUUUACAAAGAUCCUUUUAAAACUGAUUCUUCCUCAGCUGUUCUUCAGCCCUGUAUACUUUUUCAUAAAAGUCACCGGUGACUGCCCAGUUGCCAAAUAGAAUGAAUACCUUUCAGUGCUCAGCUGUCUUGACCUCUCCGUAGCAUUUCACACCACCCACCAACCCUCAGUGAAACAACCUCCUCCCUUAGCUUUUAUGACACCACAAGUCUCUGGAUUCUCAGAGAAUCCAAAAAAAACAAGUCUCUGGAUUCUCUCUUACCUCUCAGCCCACACAGGCUGAGCCGUCCUUGAAACCUAGACAGGGGAAAUGUCUGUGGCUGUCUGUGGUCUCUUCUUUUCAGGAGUUGGGUAGGGAGGAAGAAUCACAGCUGCUCCUGCUUCCUCUGUCUGUCUCUCUAUUUCCUGAGUCCUUUCCUUUUCCUGAACUCAGUUCUCAUGCCAACCAUGUUUAUGAGCUCCUGCUGGGAGGACAGCAUCUGUGAGUCCUUCCCUCUGUCUCUCCCAGACAACACAGAGGUUUUAGCCAUGUUUGCUAAGAGACCCCAUCUAAGUCAGCCCGAGGGUGUGGAUUGGGUUUUACAGCAUCCAGGCUGCAGUCUGGCUAAACUGGAUGACUAGGCUGGCGGGCAGCUCCUCACCAUGAUGCUGCACCAGUUAGAGCCUGCUGCAGUUGGGAAGUGCCUGGGAUUGUGGUAAGACAUGUUUCCAUGCAUGUCAGUGCUGCUAACCAGGAGGAGAACCUGGCAGGGUGGGUGCCUGCUGCUGAUAACAUUCGGAUGGAGGGAGACUAGGGAGUGCGGUGGCUGCUCCCUUGCUGGGGCUCAGCUGGAGUCAGCAUGACUCCCUAUAUCAGGGCCUUUCCCACCUGUGCUGAUUACCACCACCUGCUUGCUCCAGUUGUUUCUGGAGUUGGAGGCAGCUAUUGGUUGCUUUCUUGGAGGUAAGGAGGUAUAUACUAGAAAGAUAUCUGAUUUGAGAGUCUGAACACCAAAAUUUUUGGCUCUUUCCAUUAUGAACUGUGUGACCUUGGAUACAGUUUCCUCAUCUAUAAGGUUGUGGUGGGAGAAUGGCUGAGAACAGUGAUCUCUCAGCUCUCCAGCUGUAAAGAUGUUAAUUAUGAUUUUAACUCUAAAGAUCAGGGCACAUAAGGAACGGGAAUUCUGGGGGUGGGACACAGCUUGGGGAGCUCAGACCAGGGCAGGGAAAGGGGACUCACAAGCCAAACAGAGCUGCUUUGGGGAAAGUUCUUAUCAGCUGGUGCUGCUUCCUGAGCCAUAUGCCCAUUCCUCAAGCUGCACCCUUUUCUUGGCUAUGUAGGAUGAGUUCCUCCUAGGCCCUUGUUAGGAGCGGCUACUGGAUCCAAAGCGGUUGGGGCAUGAGGGAGGAUAUUUUAAAGGGAAGUAUCACUGAUCUUAAAAGAACCUAUACAUUCAAGAACAAAUAAAAAACAGCACUUUUCUUUACCAAGAA